AUGGCCCUGCUCACUCAGAUUCUAAACGGGGGACCCGGGCCCAAUGGCACGUCCAGUUUGCAACGAAGAAGCGUCUCUUCACUACCAUCGACUUCUAAAUCCCACUCGCCCGAUGCUCCCACGCCCAGCAUACCGACUUCAGAUGCUGAUGACACUUCCAAAACUGUUACAAGUCUCUCCACCAGCUACGUGGAUAUUUUGGGCCCUGCAGAUCAGGCAACACAGCAUCUAGAUCCAUCCAUUGCCACGGCGGGGCUGAAACUAAUCCUCAAUGUCAUCUCUAACCCCCUAUCAUCAGAAACGAUGUCAAGAAAUCGACUACAGCUGCCUGAAGAGAUAGACAAAUGGUCCUCAGAAUGUCUAAGAGCAUACGUCACACACUUCCAUGACCGGUGGCCUAUAUUGCACAUUCCGACUUUUGAGCGGGAGGUCAUUUCUAUCGGGCUGAGAAGCACCGCCAUCAUGAUAGGCUCUUGGGUACGGAACGAGACUGCAGACCACAGCCUCGUAUACGACAUACACAGCAUCCUUGUUAAGAACCUCCUCGCUGAUCUCACGGAGACUACAGUCGACGCUGCCGGCGUCUGGCCCAUCAGAACCCUUCAAUCAGCUUUAUUGAAUGUUAUUUUUGCAUUUGAAUGUGGAAAUGACAAACUCAUGAAAAAAGGUCGCCUCCUGUACAGCCUUCUCGUCACUGUAUUUCGACAACUCAAAGUCUUCAGCGCCGAGGCCGUGGAGCAUCAGAUUCGGAUCCAUUUCAGCGGCGAUUUCCCUCCAUGGGCGUUUGCCAUGAAGGAGAAGUGGAAAAGGCUUGCCACCAAUCUCUUCAAGCUCGAUACAUACAUAUCCCUAUUGACGCAACAACCACCAUCAGUCCAACGCGAAGAAAUGAGUCUCGGGCUAACGUCCACAUUCGCCUUAUGGAACGCCUAUGGCCUCGACGUCUUCUUCAGGAGAUGGCCGUCCGAGCCCCUGGAACGAUCGUCGUACAAGAUCUGCGAUCUCGCGCUGGGAUCGCAACAGCCAAUUUCGCCCAUCAUGCUCGUCGAAGACAUACAAAUCCGCAUGAUGGGUGUGACCAACUACGUCUGGAUCCUCAGUAAGAUGCGAGGGAAUCCGAACCCGGCACUGUGCGCAUCAGCCGACCAGAAAGAGCUGAUAGCCACCCGUUUGAAGCGCUGCAAGCUACAGCUGGACGGCAUGGCUGCCUUGUGGAUGGAUCCAGAACAACACAAAAUGCACAUUGAGUUCCUGCUAAGGGCGUACAUGGGCUCGGAAGAGCCUUUCCACGAUGACUGGGAAAAGUACUCACGCGGCCGGUUCUUCUCCUAUGUCUUUAGCGCCACCAUGAUGUACCACCUCCUCAGCAUGCACAUCUACGCCGAUGCCCAAAGCUACAUGCAGAAUCUUCCAGGCAUCACGUCAAGCCUGGCCCCCUGCGGCGUCACCCUCCCCUACCCCCCUAACACUGCUGAGAUCAAGGAGUGGGCGACAUCCAUGGACAGCAGAAUUGCAGUCUCGCACGCCAUCGUCGCAUACCGCGUCUAUAGCGGCCAUGUGUCCCCCUCUGAGCUGAAAGCCGAAGUCGUCGAUCCCAUCGCCCACAUGACCAUCGCGGUAGGGGCAGGCGUUUUGUGGACGUGGAUUCAAAACAACGGCAUGACAUGCACUUGCAAUUGUAUGAAUGUGCCGCUCGUUGACGGGCUGGACUUUGGCUUUGUGCGUCUGGAGACGGGGAAGAGCCCCGAAGUGGAAAACUGGAUACGGAAUGGGGGUGAUAUCUGGCUCAAUGGCGUCCAGGUAUCGCGGAAAUGGGAAAUUGGUAACGCAUUUGCGCAGAAGCUGUGGAAUCAGCUUGGACUUCAGCGAUCUAUUUAG